ACACACUCACUCUCACUGAUCUGCACAAACUCGUUUGUUUUUUUGUUCUUUUGUUGCACUGCUGAGGAAAUUAUAAGUAACCAAAGUCAAUACUCGUAAGUGAAACCGCGCAAUUCUGCAUGCUAUUGGGCUGUAAUUAGCCAUGGCGGCGCGCGCUUGGUUAAUGUUGUGUGUUGGCUGACAGGAAGUGCAAAACCAGAUGAGCCGGUCUGCUGGAGAAGGAACAACAAACUGGGAGGAGUUCGAGAGAGAAAGAGAGAGAGAUUUUUUACAGGGAGGAGAGUUUAGGGGGAAAACAAACGGAAAGAAAGGAACGAAACACAAUAAGAGCCGCGCGCGCAUCUCAUUUCGGGAGUUUUAGGGUUGUUUAUUUGUUUGUUUUUACGUCAGAUUUCCAGCCACAGAAUUGCAAUAGUGUUUCCCAACUUAAAUUCUUCUCUCAGGUAUCCUGAACACCUCCUGUAUGAUUCCCGCGUCUCUGAAAACCACGAUGGACUCCCUCAAUGCCGUCGUGCGCUUCUUCACCAAUCAGAAGACUAAAAUCGGAUAUGGCAUCAUGGCCAUCGCUACCAUCGGCGGAGAGAGGAUCUUCACGCUUUUAUCCUUCCAGUGUCCAUGCAACGUAAACCAGAACAUGGUCUACGGGCUCACGUACCUGCUCGGACCGGCGCUCGUGCUCUUUACCGUCGGCCUUUUCCUGAGCACGCGCCUGUGGCGCCUCUACACGGGCUGCUGCCUCAACCCCAGAAAACUCUGUCCUAGGGUCACGGGAAACCUGGAGUCUAUCCCAGGGAGCACAGGGCACAAGGCGGGGUAUACCCUGGACCGGGUGCCAAUCCAUCGCAGAGCACAAUCACGUACACAUUCAUACAUUACGGACACUUUGGAAAUGCCAAUCAGUCUACAGUGCAUGUCCUUGGACGGGGGGAGGAAACCAGAGUACCCGGCAGAAUCCCCCAAAGCAUGGGGAGAACAUACAAACUCCGCACACACAGGGCGGAGGCGGGAAUCGACCCUUCGAACCUGGAGGGCGAACUGCAUAAACUGCUUAUCCGUGCUUUUUCAUGUGAUUCUUGGAGCGCUCGUGGCACCGAUCAUGUGGCUCAGCAUCGCGUUGCUGAAUGGCACGUUCUACGAGUGUGCGGUGAGCGGUUUGGAAGCACAGGCACUCGUGCACUGGUUUUGUAAAAAUAGGACCAGCACAUGCAGGGACCAGCUGGCCAAAGUCCCGUGUCAAACGUCCAACAUGUCGGCAGCGGACACCAAGGAGCUUCUGCUAUUACUACACGCCCAGUCUCAGAUCCUCGGCUGGGUCCUGAUCAUGAGCACUGCUGUGGCCGCUCUGGUCGGCACAUGUUACAAAAACUGCCGCUCUCAAGUGAGCUACCUGCAGCUCACUUUCUGGAAAGUGUACAAGGAGAAAGAGAAUGAGAAGUUCGACUCGUUCGCAGACGAGUACUCCAACCGGCUGGCCGAGCGAAACCUCAAGAGCUUCUUUGAGAACAAAGACCCCGAGGUCUUUCCUUUUCCAAACCACAAAGCCUGGGAGCAGAUCUCGACCCUAUACACGUAUAAUCGUGGCGAGCAGUAUUACAGCACGCUGCAGAGAUAUGUGGAGGAUCCUAAUCGGGACUACACUCCAGAGAAUAUGCCACUGGAAAUGGAGCACAGCCUUGGAUAGGCAUGGACCUCAAUGUCCCUGAGUUUUGAAUAUUCUACUUACAUUUGAACUGUGGUUUACCCGAUUACUGACUAGCUAGCAUUGUACUAAAGCUGACUAGGAAGAAAAAAAACAUCCAAAGUCUACAUGACGGUGAGAUUUUAAAGUUGCCGAAACACACGCUGGCAAAAGGAUUGGUGACAGCCAUGUUAGCUGGGUCCUAUUGGGAUUGUACCACUUUUAAGAUAGUUAAAUGCUCUUAAACGUAUGCUGCCUGUUUAGAUUAAACCGACACCACUAACAGCUGAAGCUUAUUGAACAACUAAAUAUAAGUAUAAUUUAUAAGACUCAGGUUUUAUUAUCCUGAGAAUCAUCUCAAACGAUUCAAAUAGUUCAUGUUUAUUUACUGCACUUACGAGAAUGUCGGCCAUUUCGGUGCUCCGUCCUAAGAGAAUCUCUUCUGCACCGAGUGUGCAAUAAGCGUAAAGUUGCCUUUAGUUAAAAAGACCAAAAAAAAAAAAAUAAUAAAAUCUAGUUUUAACCAAAAAUCGAGUUUUUCUGCCAAUAAUAUGCUUUAAUAUCGCUACUCUAAGCAAACAAAUAUGUUUUAAGAAAAUGGUUUUAAUUGAGGUUUUAUGUAAGCUAUCCUGCACUGUGUAAGAAAUGGAAUGACUUUCUAUAGCUGUGUAUAGUUUAUAGCUGUUAUGACGUAGGUGUUAUAACAUGAGCGUACUCGUUUCGCAUUAAAUUAAACGAAGAGUACGAGAAGGAUAAAUAGUAUGGUGUGUCGGGAUGGUAAGAGUAACUCCAGGUCACGUCACUCCAUUCUGUCGUUGAUGAUUUUCCUGUAACAGCACGACCCCUUAUAUGAUGUUAUAUGAUUUUGGUAAUAUUAGCAUCACGAUCCCUUUUAUCUGAGUACUCUGGGGAUCAUCAUGUUAUAACUACAGCAAAUAAAUACAGCGCACAACUGUGAAAUUAUUCCUUGUUACAACUUUUAAGAAAUUUUGAUAAAAGAAGUCUUUGAGCUUGAA